AUCUCCCAUCCGCCUCUCAUGCUUAAUAGUCUCUUCAUCGUUACGUGCCUCUUUCUCUUAGGCGUCCACGCCUUACCCACGGAGCUGUCCAAUGCUACUUCGACAUGGAACGCUACCGCAACAAAGAUAGUGGAAUGUGCCGUACCCACCUUCACGCUUGACUAUAAUACCUACCAUCAGUCAUCCGAGAACAUAUGUCAGUCUGUUUCCUGGUUCUGUAACAACGGGCCUCGCUCUGUAGCUCCUGACCGUACCAACGCAGCUUCCCAUCGUGCUAGCAACAGUUGUGGUAACGUUAACCCAAACCGAUGCAGCGUCCGCGUGCGUCAUGCUAGCGGGUACCAGUGCGAUGAAUGGCCUUGGGCAAACUCUAAUGCCGGCUAUGCCAAUGCCGCUACGAGGUGCAUUCCCACUUCGGAUAAUACCGAUGAGUUUUUGAGAUCUGGUUCGCAAUGGGGGAAUUUCAUCAAUAACAGAGGCUCUCAAGCUGUUGGACGUGUUUUACGGGAUAGGGUUGAUUUUGCCCAUAUCGAGAUCAGCAAUGUCCCAACAACUGCAGAAUUCUGCUUGGGAGUGCAUGGAACGACUAUCACCACGACGAUGUGUAACCAGCUUGCUAGUGGUCAGCCGUAUUUGCAAAAUAUUGGUUGA